AUGGAGCACACCGUCGAGCAACGCUACGCUGUAAAGUUUUGCUUUAAACUUGGAAAAUCCGCGUUGGAGACCCUUGAACUCAUUAAACAGCCUUAUAAGGAUGAUGCCUUAAGCCGUACAAGAGUUUUUGAGUGGCACAAAAUGAUUAAGGAAGUCCGCGAGCUCGUCGACGACGAGCACCGCGUCGGACGCCCGACGAGCGCUCGAACUGAUGUUCAGGUGGCCAAAGUGAAAAAAGUUUUGGAUUCUGACAGGCGUUCAACCAUCGCUCUUAUCAGUGAGGAGACUGGCCUUUCAGUCGAAACCGUCCACACCAUUGUAACAGAGGAUCUUGCGAUGAGGAAAGUGUGCGCGAAGCUAGUGCCGAAAAUCUUGAGCGAGGAACAAAAACUGUCGCGGGUGGAAAUUUCGCAAGAAAUUUUGGACUGCGUCCGGAAAGAUGAUCAUUUUCUCGACAAUGUUAUUACCGGCGAUGAAACGUGGGUGUACCAGUACGACCCGGAAGCAAAACGUCAAAGUUCAGAGUGGCGCACGCAGGGGUCCCCGCGUCCGAAAAAAGCUCGGAUGUCAAAAUCCAAAAUCAAAAUCAUGCUGAUUACUUUUUUCGACCGACGUGACAUUGUUUACAAGGAGUUCGUGCCUACUGGAAUGAACGUAAAUGCUGCAUUUUACGUGCAAGUACUGACACGCCUGCAAAAUCGCGUAACGCGCAUACGACCAGCCAUUGCGAGGAAUUGGGCACUUCACCAUGACAAUGCGCCGUGCCACGGUGCGAUUGUUGUGCAGCAGCUGCUGACGAAAUUUGACGUGGCUACGUUACCUCACCCACCCUACAGCCCAGACCUGGCUCCACCUGAUUUUUUCUUAUUUCCACGAAUAAAAAGAGAGCUCAAAGGACAUCGAUUCGACUCCAUUGAGGCGAUUCAAGCGGGGACGACGAAGGCUCUCAACAGUAUUCCGGAAACCGACUUUCAGAAGGCUUUUGACGAGUGGCAGAGGCGCCAAACUAAGUAUGUCGAUGCAGGAGGAAUGUAUUUUGAAAAUUAUUAA